AUGAUCCAGGCCCGUCGUACGACAGAUGAUCCUGUCGCUGACGCCGCCCGUCGUACCACCUACCUUCGUGUCGUACAGCUGUCCUUGUUGGGCAGUGUGGCUUCUAAUCUGUUGCUCGUGAUGGGCACAGCCUUCAUUGCGGGCGGGUUACGAACCAAGGCCCAGUUAUUCAACCAGACGGGCAUCAACGUCAAUGCGGGUAUGUUGGUGCUGUCGUGCUUCGCCGUCAUGCUGCCCUCCCUGCUUGACGCCACGCAGUCGGGGGUGAGUGACAACAACCGGUCAGAGCUGGCACUCUCCAGAUUUGAGUCUAUAUUCAUGUUCUUGUGCUACUGCGCCUACCUGUUCUUCCAAUUAAAAACCCACAGGUGGAGGGCGGGGUGGGGGGAUGACGACGGUGCGGGCUCCGACCACGACGACGACCGUUCGGUUUCGGAGGGCUCCGAGGAGGAGCUGGUGUUGUCUCGCACCGGCUGCUUCCUGUGGCUGGCGGGGGUGACGGUGGUGAUCUCGGCGCUAUCGGAGUUUGUGACGGACUCGAUCAGGAACGCCUCCAAGUCGCUGCACAUCCCAAUGCCCUUCCUCACCACCAUCCUGCUACCCAUAGUGGGCAACGCCGCCGAGCACGCCUCAGCAAUCAUGUUUGCUUACAAGAACCGCAUUGAGAUCGCCCUGGGCGUGGCUGUGGGUGAUAGCACGCAGGUUUCUAUGAUGGUGGUCCCCUUCUGUGUGCUGCUGGCCUGGACCAUGGGAUUGCCGUUGGAUCUGGAUUUCAACGGAUUUGAAUCAUUCGUUUUGUUUGGCUGCGUGCUGCUGGCGGUGCUCGUCAUACAGGACGGCCACGCCAACUACCUCAAGGGCAUUCUGUUGCUGUUGACGUACUUCUUCGUGUCGGCGGGCUUCUGGUGGGUUCGGUUAAGGAGGGCGGGUGUGUGUGAUAGGAGCCGAAGGGGCUGUGUAUGUCGUACAAGCGGGUGUAGUACAAGAGAUAGCGGCUGGCGCUGUGGGAAGGGGAGGGGGACGCAGGAAGAGCGAUAUCUACUGUGCAUGCGGGACUUUACCUGGUUAUAA